UACACCAUAGUUGCCGUUGGGGGGGCACUCCGGAAGUCUUCCGGAAAUACGUACUAGUCUGAUACCGAAGAAGAAGAAAAAGUAAACUGCAACAUGGCGACUCCCAUGCACAGAAUAAUAGCUAGGAGGCAAGCGGAUGCAAACAAGCAAAGUGUUCGUUGCCAGAAGUGUUUGGAGCUGGGACACUGGACAUACGAAUGCACUGGGAAGCGGAAAUAUGUGCACAGACCAUCAAGAACAGUUGAGAUGAAAAAGAAACUGAAGGAGAAUGAAAACAAACCACCGAGCAUCCCUGGACCUGGAGCAGAAGGGCCUAGCGAGAAGAAAAAAAAGGUUAAAGAUGGUAGCGGCAGCAGCAGUGAUUCAGCCAGCUCAAGUGACUCAUCGUCUGACAGCAGUGACUCCUCCAGCUCCUCUUCAGAUGACAGCGACAGCAGUGGUGACAGUGAUGAUGACAGCUCUUCCUCAUCUUCGUCUUCCUCAUCCACUUCAUCCUCAGAUAGCUCAGACUCAGGAAGCAGCGGUGAUUCAGAUCAAGGACCUCCAAAGAAGAAGAAAAAGAAGAAAUGAACAUUUUUGAAUGAAUGUUUUUUUCUCUAAGUAAAUUGAAGUCGUCCAAUUGUGAGUCCCCCCCCCUCCUUCAAAAUAAGAUCGAUCCAAAGGGACAGGACACUUUUUGGGCUGUAAUAGUGCUUCUACAGUUUAGGCAAAAAAAGAUAAUUAGAUUGAAAAGAUUAAUUUGGCUCAGCCAUCCUCUCACGUUCUAUUUUCACAAAGCAUAUCUCUGUUGCUGUUACUUUAAUGUUAUAUUUUCCCAAGGUUUUUAUAUCUGCUAAGCACAUUAAUUUUUAUAAUCUGAGAACAUUUUUGAAAUUAAUCAUGUUAAAUUUGUGAUUUUGUAAUAAAGUUUAUUUUUCGUCAAAUUUAACUGCCACCGCACAACCUCAGAAAAGCAACGCCAUAUCUGGUAUUCAAAAAUCAUUGAACCUUUCCAAGGAUGUCAAAUAAAAGUUUGUUUAAUUUUUUAUGAUUUGAAGUUGGAAAGUCUUGUUUAAAUUGCAGUAGCUUGUUUCCCCGUAAAAUGAACUUGACUUGUUUGUUUUUUUAUAGUUCUUCCUAGUUUGAUAUUGUAAAGGAUUUUACUUUGCUAAAGACAAAUGCAUUAUAUUGACUUUACAUAUAUAUGCAUUCAGAAUAAAAUGCGAAAAAUGG